AUGGGACCAUUGGAAAGGCCAUCCACUGGCUGGACUCACAAGGAAGCAGAGAUGCAAAUUGGUCCCCAGCCUGAUGAGAAGAGCAGGGGCUGGAGGCCCGGAGACAAGAGUGCUGCCCCUCCCUCCCUCCCCCCUGCCCUGUCCUUCCUCCUCCUCUUGCCGCUGGCCAGUGCCCUACAGCCCACCUCACUGCCCUUUCCAGAGCUGAGGCUGGUGGGGGGCCCGAGCCGCUGCCAGGGACGCCUGGAGGUCCUGCACGGCGGCUCCUGGGGCAGCGUCUGCGAUGACGACUGGGAUGUGGUGGACGCCAAUGUGGUGUGUCGUCAGCUGGGCUGCGGCCUGGCGCUGCCCGUGCCGCGGCCCCUCGCCUUUGGCCAGGGCCAAGGCCCCAUCCUGCUGGACAACGUGGAGUGCCGCGGCCAGGAAUCUGCGCUGAGCGAGUGCGGCAGCCGAGGCUGGGGUGUCCACAACUGCUUCCACUACGAGGACGUGGCUGUCCUGUGUGAUGAAUUCUUGCCCACGCAGCCCCCAACAAGGAAAGUGUUAACCAGUAGAGCACCCCCUACAACUCCCCAGGAUGGAAAAGGUGAGGGCAGCGUGCGCCUGGUGGGCGGCGCGGGCCCGUGUCAGGGCCGAGUGGAGAUCCUGCACGGUGGCCUGUGGGGCACCGUGUGUGAUGAUGACUGGGGGCUGCCGGACGCCACCGUGGUCUGCCGCCAGCUGGGCUGCGGGGCGGCCCUGGCAGCCACCACCAACGCCUUCUUCGGCUUCGGCACGGGACACAUCCUGCUGGACAACGUGCACUGUGAAGGAGGCGAGCCACGUCUAGCAGCCUGUCUGAGCCUGGGCUGGGGCGUGCACAACUGCGGCCACCACGAGGACGCCGGCGCGCUCUGCGCAGUCCUGGGCCACCCAACUCUCACAGCACUGCCACCGUUGGGGACAAGAGCAGACUGGGCCUGGAAUACAGAGCCAGAGGCUACAGGAGUUGGUGCCCUGCCUUCCAGGGAGCCGGCACUGCUCACCACAGCGGCCUGGGCGGCGGGGAACAAAAGCGGGCGGCUGCGGCUGGUGGGCGGUCCGGGCUCGUGCCGCGGCCGCGUGGAGGUGCUGUACGCCGGGCGCUGGGGUACCGUGUGCGACGAUGACUGGGACUUCGCGGACGCGCGAGUGGCCUGCCGCGAGGCGGGCUGCGGGCCGGCGCUGGGCGCCACGGGCCUCGGCCACUUCGGCUACGGCCGCGGCCCCGUGCUGCUGGACAACGUGGGUUGCGCCGGCACGGAAGCCCGCCUGAGCGACUGCUUCCACCUGGGCUGGGGCCAGCACAACUGCGGCCACCAUGAGGAUGCAGGAGCGCUCUGCUCAGGCCCAGAGGAGCUAGUCCAGCAGGAUGGUGCUGAGACCACCCGGGUACCCACUCCUCGGCCUAGGGACGGGCACCUACGUUUGGCCAACGGAGCCCACCGAUGCGAGGGCCGUGUAGAGCUCUUCCUAGGGCAGCGAUGGGGCACUGUUUGUGAUGAUGCUUGGGACCUGCGGGCAGCCAGAGUCCUGUGUGGCCAACUGGGCUGUGGCCAGGCCCUGGCAGCCCCUGGUGAAGCCCACUUUGGCCCAGGCCGAGGCCCUAUACUCCUGGACAAUGUCAAGUGCCGUGGGGAUGAGAGUGCCCUGCUGCUCUGCUCUCACAUCCGCUGGGAUGCCCACAACUGUGACCACAGCGAGGAUGCCAGUGUCCUGUGCCGGCCGUCAUGACUGAGCCCACUCUGCAGACCACCUCUUCUGGGAGUCUACUGUGGCCUGCCCCUCUUCCUCCAGGAAGUCCUCCUUCACUCUGCCCCUUCCCUCCCUUGGCCUGGGAGAGAGCCUGCCCAGA